AUGGUAAUAUCGUCAAGAAACAGCCUCCUGAUUUGUGCCCUCCGCCUACUUGUCAAACCUAGAACAUUAUGGGUUGCUGCAGCUGUUACAUUGAAUGGUGUUCGUUACGGUACGGAUGAGGCGUGUUCGUCCAGGUCAACACCAAAGCCAAGAGCACCCUUGACCACCACAACGAGACCAAAUAUCACCUUCCAGACUUACGCUUGCCCGGAAGCCUAUGCUAAGUGGUACUGCCUCAAUGGCGCCACCUGUUUCUCGGUGAAAAUAGGGGAAUCGAUUCUAUAUAACUGCGAGUGUGCAGAUGGGUAUAUGGGCCAAAGGUGCGAGUUCAAAGACUUGGAUGGUUCCUAUGCCAUUAAAGAAAGAGAAUCUCCACUUACAACAGCAAGUAUUGCAGGUGGUCUCGUGCUGGUAAUCAUGACCGUCAUCAUUGUGGGUUGUAUGUUGUUGAGCAGGAGGCGACAAAGGAGGAAGAAUCUGGAAAAGCACGUGCUAAGACCGUUUGUUAUUCCCGUGUUACUUCCACCAUCAUUACCCCAUACCAUAUCUGAAGUUGUUGAAUUAAGAAGCCCUUGCUACGUGCGCCCACAAAAUACGUUGUCACCAAUGUCACCGAAGUUCUACCGGGUUUCCAGAAACAUUGGAGUACCUUAGGACUAACCUGACGAUGAAAAUAAUAAUUUAUAAAAACACAUCAGUCUACUAUUUAAGACCAACAAACUUGGUUACUUGGUGACAUACUGCAAUGCUUAGUAACCAUUGUUGAAGAUAGAUUCUGUGAUAGUUGUUUUGCUUUGGCUACAACAACGUUUGUUAUGCUGUGAGUGAACGUUUUAAACAUUGUUUCGUUUCCAGAGUCUUCGCCAGCUUUUCUUAUUAUUUAUAUCGUAACGUUGUUUUUCCCCCCACAGGAAAGAGAGAGAGAAAUGGGAGGGGGAGGAAGCAUUGUAUUUCUAAAACGUUUUUGAAACGCUAAAUACCUAUACUUACAA